AUGAGUGACUCCCUCCAUCUCGCAGAGUUAAGGAUUGUGCUGCUGGGGUACAGAGGAGGAUCUGGGAAGAGUUCAGCAGGAAACACCAUACUAGGCAGAGAGGAGUUUGACCUGAAAACAACUGCUCAGUGUGUGAAGAGACAGGGAGAAGUAGCAGGGAGGCAGGUCACUGUGGUCGACACUCCUGGCUGGUGGAAGAAUCUCCCUGUAGAGUACACUCCUGAGCUGGUUAAACAGGAGAUUUUGCUCAGUGUGUCUCUGUGUACCCCAGGACCCCACACUUUCCUCCUGGUCAUAUCGGUGGGGUUUUUAUACACUGAGGAAGACAGAAGAGCAGUAGAGGAACACUUGACCCUUCUCAGUGAGACAGUCUGGAGUCACACUAUAGUGCUGUUCACCCGUGGGGACUUUCUGGGAGACACAACCAUUGAGCAGCACAUUGAGAGUGAAGGGAAGGCCCUUCAGUGGCUUGUUGAGAAAUGUGGAAACAGGUAUCAUGUCUUCAACAAUGAGAACAGGGGUGAUGUCACUCAGGUCACAGAGCUGCUGGAGAAGAUAGAGGAGAUGGUGGCAGGAAACAGAGGAGGACAUUAUGAGAUAAAGAGAGAGCUACUAGAGAAGAUAGAGGUUUGGAAGAGAAAAAAGGAAGACAAAGCUAAACAGCUGUGCAUGAAGGUGAAGAAACAGAGAGAGAUCCACAGAACAUUUAUAGGGGACUCACUCUAUCUCUCAGAGCUGAGGAUUGUGCUGCUGGGAUCCAGAGAUGCUGGGAAGAGUUCAGCAGGAAACACCAUCUUGGGCAGAGAGGAGUUUGACCUGAGGACAGCGCCUCAGUGUCUGAAGAGACAGGGAGAAGUAGCAGGGAGGCAGGUCACUGUGGUCGACACUCCAGGGUGGUGGAAGAAUCUCCCUGUAGAGUACACUCCUGAGCUGGUUAAACAGGAGAUUGUGUUCAGUGUGUCUCUGUGUCCCCCAGGACCCCACACUCUCUUCCUGGUCAUUCGGGUGGAUGUUUCGUUCAAAGAAGAAGAGACAAAUGCUGCAGAGGACCACCUGGAGCUUCUCAGUGAGAGAGUCUGGAGUCACACUAUAGUGCUGUUCACACAUGGGGACUGUCUGGGAGACACAACCAUUGAGCAGCAUAUUCAGAGAGAAGGGAAGGCCCUCCAGUGGCUUGUUGAGAAAUGUGGGAACAGAUUUCAUGUCCUCAACAAUAACAACAGGGGUGAUGUCACUCAGGUCACAGUGCUUCUGGAGAAGAUAGAUGAGUUGGUGGCAGCCAACAGUGGAGAUGUGUUUUACCCUGAAAGAGAUGGUGACGAAGGAAUUAACUGGAUACCUGAGGAGAUGUGGGAGAAACCAUCUUUGCCAUUAAAAGGAGCUCACAGCAUGUACCCUCUUCCUCUGAGUAUGAGUGGAGACAGCAGACCUGAGACUGGAUAUGAUGGUUCAGAUCAGAUGUCUGGGGUUGGAUCUGUGGCUGAAUCUCUGCAGAGGCUAGAGGCUCUGCGUACGGCUCCCACACAUUAG